CAGUUACCUUCCAGGAAAUGACAGCAGACGGGUGUACGGGUGUAUGUCUACCUGAUCAACGUCCCGUUGCUCAUACCACAGGUUGAACUGCCUUUGACAUGAAUACAGACAACUUGCCAGCAUACAUCUCUCCGAAUGACCUUGCCUGGACGAGGCAACUGGCGAGGGAUGAUGAUGACACACAGGAAGCCCAUGUACCAGAUGCUGAAGUACUGUUAGGAACUCUCACUGGAACCUUUGAAAAAUCAUCAAGUUGCCCUUGGAUCAACAACCAUGAGUCGGUAUCACUGGUGUAUGAGAACGUUCUAUGGAGAAGGGAAAGAGUAACAAUCUUCAACAGUAGUAGGAUGCGUGGGUAUGCUCAAUCCACCUCUUGAUGUCCCCAUGAUGAGAAUCAAAGCUGAUCGUGUAGCAAGAGUCGAAGCAGACACACUUCUCCUCCAUGAAAACAGUAAAACCGUGCCUAUCCAGCUUACAUUGUACGGACCUACUUGGUACAGAGACAGGUGCACAAGAAUCUUAAAUGAAGCCACGGCAGCCUUCAACGUGGCCGAGGGACAGAGAGUACCAAUAGGUGUGGGCAACCAUGUCUUCAAUAACGAGGAUAUACAAGCUGCUGUUCCACACUUUGCAGCAAGACCUGUUGCGGCCAACCACAACACAAACGUUGACAGUCAUCGGCAGAGGUUCACGCCAGUUGAGGUUAGCAAUGCUGUAGACCAGCUGUUUGGAACACUUAACGAAGGGGACAAAAGUACAGAACAAGAACCGACAGAGGCUGUGAGGACGCCCCUGUACCAGCACCAGAAGCAAGCCCUUCACUGGAUGAUAGGCCGGGAAAACAAAUAUCAACUGCCACCAUUCUGGGAGAUAACAGACAGUGGCCAUUAUUACAACAGACUACUGAAUCAUAGUACUUAUGAAAAGCCACCAAGUGUUCGAGGCGGUAUUCUGGCCGAUGAUAUGGGCCUGGGAAAGACACUGGAGAUCAUUGCUCUGGUACUGACAAACUUUGUGGACAAUCGACCACUGGCUGUUCCUUUGCCUGACACACAACGAGACAGAAGAGAAAAGCUCCUCAACAAGAUGGAUCAGAAGCACCUGACAAAGACGACACAGUGUCUUCCAAAGUUACGUUUUGGGAAGCCUGACAGUGCCAAUGUUGAGAUUGUUAGCGUUUUAUCAGAUGCAGACCAACGUCGGGAACACAGUGAGAGUGUUGGUAGAAUGAAGGAUGUUGGUGCAUCGGGUAGGAACCUACGGGGUACGACCCCAAAGGGCAUGCGUAAAGAAAAAUACAAAUUUCCAUAUGACGACGACGACGACGACGACGACGAUGAUGAUGAUGAUGAUGAUGAUGAUGAUGAUGAUGAUGAUGAUGAUGAACUGCCUGAUCUUUAUGACGAGACAUUGUAUAAUGAAGGAUUUGCCGAGGAAGACCCUGACGUAAUGAUUGUUGGCGUCUCAUCGAAUGCAGACAAAGGUCGGGGACGCUGUGAGAGUUUUGAGAGAAUGGAUGCCGAGGAUGUGGAUACACCAGAAGACCCUGACGUAAUUAUUGUUGGCGUCUCAUCGAAUGUAGACACACGACGGGGAUGCUGUGAGAGUGUUGAGAGAAUGGAGGACGAUAUGGAUGCAUCAGAUUUCAUGACAGCCAAUCAUUGUGAUGAAAUGGGGAGGAGUCUCAGUGAAAAUGAUCAGCCACGUGGUACAUUGAUCAUUUGUCCUCUGUGUGUCCUCAGUACCUGGCAGGAUCAGUUUGUGGAGCAUAUUCAUCCUAACGUCCACAUUGACGUCUAUCGUUACCAUGGCAGUCAGCGUUGUAAAGAACUCAGUUUUAUUGAGAGGAAGGAUGUCGUAAUUACAACAUAUGGAGUUGUGCGGAGUGAAUUCAAGAACUACCUGAAUCAGAAGGAAGCCCCACUGUUUAGGAUAAACUGGCUUCGCAUUGUGUUGGAUGAAGGACACAAAAUAAGAAACCCAAAGGCUCAGCAAACGAAAGCGGCGAUUGCCCUCAGAGCACAACGCAAGUGGGUUCUCUCAGGUACACCCAUCCAGAACAGGAUGCUGGAUCUGUGGCCGCUCAUCAGUUUCCUUAACGUGACACCUCUCAAUAAAAGUAACUGGUGGUACUGCCUGUUGGAGGAACCCUUGCAACGUGGUCUGAAUAUUGCCUUGAGACGUGUCCAACACCUGAUGGGUAACAUCGCUAUGCGAAGGACAAAGAACACCCUCGUAGAUGGAGAGCCCCUUGUGAAGCUGCCCAAGAGAGAAGUGUACAUUGAGCGAAUCAAGAUGUCAGACGAGGAGAGCAGGAAGUACAAGUCAAUGGAUGAGAUUGGGAAGAUCAAGAUAAAAGACUAUUUUCAAUUGAAGAAAUACUUUAUGGUGUUGGUGAUCAUCCUCCGACUGCGACAGAUGUGUUGUCAUAGCUACCUACUGCCCCGCAAUUCUGAUUGGAUACCAAGCGAAGAAUCGGAUUCCGAAGAGGAAGACUUCGAAAAGAAGCGUGAGACUCUGGUUAACAGGCUGAAGGUCAUCAGCGAGUCAGAGGAAGAGUGCUCUGUGUGUGUCGACGUCCUGAAGACUCCUGUGAUACUACCAUGUGCACAUUACUUCUGUCACAAAUGCAUCCUCAAAUACAUCAAACACAUGGAACAUGUAGAGAAGAGUUAUGCCACAUGUCCUAUGUGUCGUGUGCCUACAGCUGCAGAUCAGAUAAUCCAACUUCCGGAACAGCCGGAACCUCAACACUAUGGUGACUGGAAGUCGAGUACAAAGGUGGACGCCCUGAUCACAGCCCUGGUGAAGCUGAGAAGUGAAGACCCAUCUGUAAAGAGUAUUGUGGCUUCGCAGUUCACCUCUUUUCUGACGCUCAUAGAAAAGCCACUAAAGGAACACAACUUCAAGGCUGUGAGACUAGACGGCACGAUGUCAAUUUCUCAGCGCCAGGAAGCUAUCAAAAAGUUCUCGGAUCCUCAGCCUGAAUCUCCCACCAUCUUCCUCAUCUCCAUAUGUGCGGGAGGCGUGGGCCUCAACCUGACUGCAGCAUCCAGGGUGUUCCUCAUGGACCCGCAAUGGAACCCGGCAGUGGAAGAACAGUGUUUCGACAGAUGCCACCGCCUGGGCCAAACCAGAGAUGUCAUCAUCACAAAGUUCAUUUGUGAGGACACUAUCGAGGAGAGAAUGUUGCACCUCCAGGAGAGGAAGAAGCUGAUGAUGCAGCAGGCGUUUAAGCAGACGGCAACACAGAGAAGGGAACAGCGGGCACGUGACAUAACAACUGUCAUGAACAUUACAUCAUAGUACCCAGUUGGAGGAAGGACGUCUACCAAAAGUCGUCAACCAAAAACCCAGGGAACUACUAAUUAGACAUUUCUUUGAACACAUACAAGGAGACAUAAUUAGACAUUUAAGUAUUUCAACAUAUUGCAUUUUAUAAUUAUAGGCAGUUGUCAGCGUAGGGUUGUAUAUGCUAAUACUUUUGGGGGCAAAUGGUGCGAAUGGCGAAUACUACCAGUGCUUGCCCUUUUCACGAGCGUGUUGUGUCGUUGAUUGUCGUUGGUCCAUUUAUACCAAGCGGAAUCUGUUUCUGCGGGAUGGUCAAGGCUGGGUGUUCUUUGCACGGGAGUUUGUAUGUUUCCAUGGAUAAGCUAAAGUAACCUACUAUAGUUAUGGAGGAAUUAUGUUAUCAAAUAGAUUAUCAUGGUCGAAGUCAGUACAAACGUUAAUUCAGAAAGCAAUAAAGCACAUUCGUAGUAAACAUUUCCAUUUGGAAUUGAAAAAUAUUUCUCCCACAGUUCUGUUUAAAAUGUUUGAUUCUAAAAUAAAGCCUAUAAGUUUGUAUUGCUCACGAGAUUUUAGGUUGGCAGACGUGGGGAAAAAUGAACAAUUUCACACAUAAUUUUGUAUAUUUGCAACGGGAGUUGGAAAAUCAUCGACAUGCGCAGCUGUUUCAGGUGAGUGUGGACGUUUAAAUUUACUGAGAGAAACAAAUAAAGUAACACAGGAAAAUUCAAGUGUUCCUCUCAUAUUUUCAGGUUUUCAUCACCAGGUUUAAAUAGCACUGUGGGAGGAAAUCUGAAAACAAAUAAGUGAACACUGCCAUGAAGUGGUGUUCACUUAUUUGUUUCCUUCGGUAUAUUUAUUGUAUAGCUUCUACAAAUUGCGUCAGAUAUUAGUGUUAACUUGUAUACAAGCCUGAGAAUAGGUACCCAAAACAAUGUUACACUUUCUUAAAGUGGUUAGAUCAACACGCUAGGAUUACAUGGGCCUCGCAUAUUAAAAAAAACUACUUGACUUUAUUUGUUUAUCAGUGACUUUAGAAAAGAAUUAAAGAUUGCAACAUCCAAAGAUGUAUUUUUCAAAAAUCAGUUGUCACUCGAAUUUAGACUAAUAAGCAGCUUAAGUCUACUUUCGCCAUGGAACAUAUUUAUUGAAAGUAUACCAAAGGGAUCUUCGGCGUUUGUUAACAUUCUUUAAGAUCAGGUGUGAUACAGAUAAUGUAAAAUAUUGAUAGCAGAGAGGGUAUUGUUAGAUGAUAGCAGAGAGGGUAUUGUUAGAAAUUUGAGAAUUUGUACAUUUUGUCAUAUUAAUAUUCGAAAAUGACUGUCAUUUUAUGUUUAAUAGCCUGUUUUUUAUGAUCUGAGAGAGAAACAUUUUCCAUACAAAAUACAAGCUUAUGUAUAUACUCAAUUCUGAAAUUCAUUGACCUUGUUAACAUGUUCAAAAUAUGUCCAAAAAGCUAUAUCUGCACAUUUUUCAUUAUGAUAGUAACCUUUUGUCUGUACAGCUUUCGAACCUCCACUACCACGCUGUAUGUAUUUAUUGUUUGUUAUGUAAUGUGCAUGAGCCUCUGGUUUCUAUACUGAAUAAACUUCUUCUACAAUGA